AUAUCUGAACCUGCUAUGAUACGAGAAGUCUUGGUUAAUUAUAAUACAUAUCAAAAGCCAAGAGGAGGUAAUCCAUUAACAAAGUUGCUAGUUAGAGGAUUAGUAGACCUUGAGGGAGAGCAAUGGGUUAAACAUAGAAAAAUCAUUAAUCCUGCAUUCCACAUGGAGAAGCUCAAGCAUAUGAUACCAGCCUUUUAUGUGAGCUGUAGUGAGAUGAUCGGCAAAUGGGAUAAACUUUUAACCCAAGAAAGCUCAUGUGAAGUGGAUGUGUGGCCUUAUCUUCAAACUUUUUCAAGUGAUGUAAUUUCGCGUACGGCUUUUGGUAGUAGUUUUAAGGAAGGAAGGAAGAUAUUUGAACUUCAAAGAGAACAAGCUAGGCUAGUUAUGAAGGCUAUAAAUUCAGUUUACAUUCCAGGAACAAGGUUUUUGCCGACACAAGACAAUAAGAGGAUGAAAGAGAUUAACCAACAAGUGAAGGGUUCAAUAAAGAGCAUAAUCAAUAAACGGGUUGUUGCAAUGAAAGCCGGGGAUGCUAGCCAUGAUGACCUUUUAGGCAUACUUCUUGAUUCAAAUUACAAAGAAAUUAAACAAAAAGGGAAUAGCAAUUUCGGAUUAAGCAUUGACGACGUUAUUGAAGAAUGCAAACUUUUCUACUUUGCGGGGCAAGAGACCACAGGAAAUAUGCUUGUUUGGACUAUGAUUUUAUUAGCUCAACACUCGGAAUGGCAAACACGUGCUAGGGAGGAAGUUUUACAUAUCUUUGGAGAUAAAAAACCAGAUAUUGACGGCUUGACUCAUUUAAAAGUUAUAAACAUUAUCUUCAAUGAGGUUCUCAGACUCUAUUCACCAGUCGCAUCAUUUAGACGACUAAUACAUGAUGAGUCAAAGCUAGGUAACUUCACCUUACCGGCAGGAACCCUUAUCCAAAUAAAUGUAUUGAUUGUGCAUCACGACAAAGAUAUGUGGGGUGAGGAUGCAAACGAGUUUAAUCCUCAAAGAUUUUCUGAAGGUGUUUCAAAGGUUACUAAGGGACAAGCUGCAUACCUUCCAUUUGGUGGUGGCCCACGUAUAUGCAUUGGCCAGAAUUUUGCUAUACUGGAAGCGAAAAUGGCUCUUGCAAUGAUUCUACAACGCUUUUCUUUUGAGCUAUCUCCAUCGUACUCUCAUGCUCCGCAUGCAAUGCCUACUUUACAACCUCAAUUUGGUGCUCACCUCAUUCUACACAAACAUUAG